GCUGCCGGGUGUCCUGAGGGGAUUCMACCUUUCCCAUUGCUAAAACUUCUUUUUCUGCUUCAAAACCACCAGUUUGGGACGGCUCUUCAUUUUCUUCUUGUGAAAUGCGAUGGCCGAGGAGCUGGGCAGUGCCCUGGCCGUGCCCAUUAGCAGCUUCUCCCUGGCAGGGGCUUCCCCUUCUCAAAGUCUCGGAAUGGUUUUUGGGGAGGUUUCCCCACAGAUGGAGCCAUUCCCUGGAGUUACCAUGGAGAUCCAGCAGGUUCAUCCUCUUCUCCAUGGCCUCCAGAACUGCCUGAACACAGAGACGGGCACAAGUUGAUUUUGGGUGGUUUUUCCUUCAAGAGAGUGAGGGUGAUUGCAAUUAUCCUGUCUUGCUGGGAAAGUUCUCAUCUGGGCCUUGGCAACAGUGACCGAGGGUUCAGUGCUGCAGCGGGAAAUUGGGGCUGGGGGCUGCUGGGCGGGAACACCCUCGGGUGGAAGCAGCAGGGGAUGUUUUCUGGAUGUUUCUGUGUCCCUCAUCACCCCAGGGCUGUCCUGAGCCCACCCAGUGUUCCCCAGUGCUUCCCACCCGGGACUGAGCUGCUGCAACCCAUGGGGAGACCCUAAAGACCCCGACCCUAAACACCCCGACCCCAAACACCCCAGACCCCAAACACCCCGACCCUAAACAGGGGGCCGAUCCUGCUCAUCUCCUGAGCUCCUUCUCUCCGCCGGCCGCACUGCUGGUCCUCCCAAACCGGGGCCAGCCCCCUCAGCCAUGKCUGACCCCGCACUCAUCCGGAGGCUCUCGGGGCCCCGUGGGGCUCUUUGGAGGUUUUUUUGCCCUCUAACAGGCUUAGUUCCUCCCUUUGUGUGGAGGCAGCAGCGGCGCCGGGCUGAGCUCUCCUCCUCUCUCCUCUCCUGUCCAGGUUUGGAGCCGGCGCUGAGCGGAGGGAUGGGCAGUGCCAGCCCCGGGCUGACCGCUCUGCCCCCCGGCCGCCUCGCCUGGCCGGACCCCGCGCUGCUGCCGCCCCCGCGGGACCCCGACCCCCGCGGCUGGGGCUGUCCGGAGAGCCCCAGCCCCCCCGGUACUCCCGAGCAGCCCCUGCCCGCCUUCUGCCUGCACUACUUCGACAUGCUCUACCCCGAGAACACGGCCUGGGCCACCAAGGGAGCCGGGGAGCCGGCCCACAGCAGCGCCCAGGGCGGGCGGGAGGAGGCGAGGAAGGAACCGGAGCAAUGCCCCAUCAUCGACAGCCAGGGCUUGGGGCUGGGGCCCGAGGGCGACCUGCAGGGCAGCCUGCACCUGGAGGAGCACUCGCUGGAGCAGGUGCAGAGCAUGGUGGUGGGCGAGGUGCUCAAGGACAUCGAGACAGCCUGCAAGCUGCUCAACAUCGCCGCAGACCCCACGGACUGGAGCCCCGGGAACGUGCAGAAGUGGAUCCUGUGGACGGAGCACCAGUACCGGCUGCCGCAGAUCGGRAAAUCCUUCCAGGAGCUGUCGGGGAAGGACCUGUGCGCCAUGUCCGAGGAGCAGUUCUGCCAGCGCUCGCCCGGCUGCGGCGACAUCCUGCACGCCCACCUGGACAUCUGGAAGUCUGCCGCCUGGAUGAAGGAGAAGGCUGCCCCUGGAGAUGUCAGAUACUGCGGAGGUGACACCAGCUGGGCUGACAGCGAGGUGGACUCGUCCUGCGCCGGCCAACCCAUCCACCUCUGGCAGUUCCUCAAGGAGCUGCUGCUGAAACCCCACAACUACGGCCGCUUCAUCCGCUGGCUCAACAAGGACAAAGGCAUCUUCAAGAUCGAGGACUCGGCGCAGGUGGCGCGGCUGUGGGGCAUCCGCAAGAACCGCCCGGCCAUGAACUACGACAAACUGAGCCGCUCCAUCCGGCAGUACUACAAGAAAGGGAUCAUCCGCAAACCCGACAUCUCCCAGCGCCUCGUCUACCAGUUCGUGCACCCGGUGUGAGCGGCGGCAGGACCGGCUGAGCCCCGGGAGGGGCGGGGGAAUUUCGCCGCCUCCCUCGGCCACAGAGACCCUGCAAGGACCUGGCUGGGGUGCGAGGYUGCCCCUGCCAGGACCUGCUGGCAACGGUGGGCAUGGUGGCCGGGCAUGUCCCCCUUCCUUUCCUUCCUCCUGGGUUCUGGCUGCAGGUGGCUUCACCCCAGCCACUGUUCAGGGAGGACAAAGCUGAGGACAAAGGCAUGAGCCGGGACUAUGGCACCCCCAGGGACAGGGACAACACCCGGGACAGGGACACCCAGUGCUGCUCAUGGUGGCACCCGUGCUGACCUGUCCCAAACCCUGUGGGAGCAGCCUGGCACCACCCAAGGAUGCUGUGCCCCYGGGCACCCCUUGGGACAGCUGCAUCCUCCUUUGUUUUUCACUCCAGGACACACUCAGCUUCUCCUCUCCGCAAGGAUUUGGGGCUGAGAGAAGGAGUUUUGCCAAAAGAUCAACUGUAAAUGUGGGUGUGGGGCUGUGCACAGUGGGGGUCCCCCAAACUGGGUCCCCCAUCCUUGUGCAUGGGGCCACCAGAGUCCUCCUAAGAGCCCAGGUUCCGUGCCCUGGCACAGAGCUCUUCCCUUGAUUCAGAUUUCACUCGGACUGCCUGAUUCCGGAGUUUGGGGAAAUGGAGGUGGCAGCUUUGCCAUUUCCCUCUGGACAAUAAACCCAGAGUGUGAUCCACCGAGGCUGGACUGGGGCAGAGAGCUGGGAAUUGCUUCACCUGCUCGUUGCACCACAGUCAGAGUUGCAUGGCAAUGUUGAUCUUUUAUAUUAUAGGUUUUUUAUUUGUUUAUUUGCUUUUUGGUUUUGGCUGGCGACGAGUUGUGGUUUAGGUUCAAAUGUUGAGGGGUGGCCCGGCCUCCCAGGGAUGUUCUGUGGGAGCUUAAAAGGAAAAACACCUGGUUCUUGGUCUUUUGAAUUUUUUUUCCUUAAAAAAGCUGCCGGUGCCGGUUCCUGCCUUUCCUUUCUGUUCCUCCGGCCAGCCCUGCUCACAUCCCAGCUGGAGGGAUGGAGGGUGGCGAGGAGCAGGGGAAGGAGGAAAACUGCCUUGGCCUUCAGAAAAGGGGAUGGAAAAACAAAAAAUKGGGGGAAAACAAUGGAAAAAAGCAAAACGUGUCUUGUGAUUUGCUGUGCGYGCCCGACGCAGCCGGUGCGGGGGCAGCGGGAGGAGGGGCCGGGGGUGCCCCAGAUCUCGUGUCCCCCUCACAGCUCCUCUGGCAGGGUGGGGAGGGCAGGAGGUGACAUCAACUGCUGUGGCAGGGCUUUUGCAGGGUCAGGGGAGUGCUGGCUCAGGGYUGGUGCUGGGAAUGGCCCCAAAACCUGCGUUACCUCCAGCCCCACCCCAAAAGCUUUGGGGCUGCCCAAAGCCUUGUCCGGCAGUGGCACAGGAGUCCCCAAAGGCAGGGGUUGUUCCCUCCUCCCCCAGCCCCCAGCAGUGCAUCAGAACCCCCCAUCCCAC